AAACAUACGACCGCCACCUCUAUUCCCUCACCCCCUCGCAGUCACGUCCCCUGUAAUCGGUCGCUCUCAUCUUCCCUGCAUCAGCUUAUCCGAUCCGAUCGCACUGCGUCAUCCCGCGACCAGGCGCCGCGCGCGUGUGCCGGCUGGUACGGUCCAGGCCACCUGGGUCUCUAUGAACCUGCGGAACGCACAUUCAGGGACCAUCGAGCGCUUUGAUUCUGCCUACAGCUUCGUCACAGACACUUGUUUUCCCAGCUACAUGCUCAUGGUGGUGCGCAUGCUGUCAUCUUCUCACAAUGGCCGCCUCUGUGCGAGUAUCCGGCCCUCCCAACGGCAACUUCCUCAUAGGUUAUCCUGGCAUCUCCGCGACAAUGCCUCGCAUUGAAGGUAAGGUCGAGAUUCGUCCUAGCGUCGGCAUUACGGCCCCAGUCAGCAUCUCCCUCGUCACCAUAUCCCUCUGUCGUCGCGAAACAAUACAUCCCUCUGCCGAUUCGGUGACCAAAAAGCACCUCGCACCACCUAGGAAGGAAAUAACUGAUAUUGUGGGCAAGGAAAUGCUCCUGUACCGUUGCGCGGCAGGUCGGGAAUCCGAGGACGUCGUCAUGAUGGAUCUACCCUUCGUCCUCUUCAUUCCCUUCGGUCGCGGUGGUACAGACCCCUCAAGACGGGUUCCCCCAGCCAGUUUACAGCUGCCCAGUCGCACCGCGGAGACCUAUUACGAGAUGGUAGUGACGGUCCAACAGGGACCCGCGGAGCAGCGGAAAUACCACUUCCCAGUGCCCAUUACACGAUAUGACACAUUGUCGACGUUUGGCAUGUACAAUCAUCCGGAGUCUGCGGAGAAGGUUUCGGACCAUCUGGUUACCUUGGGUAUAUCCCUGCCGCGGUGGUCGUACGGUCCCCUCGACCCCGUGAGCGUCUACGUCAAGCUAUCUCCCAAUCCGAAUUGGUUGAACAAAGCUAAAAAGGUCACGAUCAACAAGAUCACAAUCGCCAUUGAAGAAGAGAUCACCUACAACCACGAAGGCGACGAGCCGCAACGGAAAGUCAAGACCCUGACCAAGAGGACGGAACCCGUUGGUGUGAAGCUUCCAGAAUCAGGAUAUCUGACGAACCUCGGACUGGUGUUCCCUGCGAAGGAUUGGCGGGAUUCUGAUGGUAUCCUUCCGAGAAGUAAGGCGGCUUUUCCAAUGUACGCGGUCAGUGGCUUUACAACCACGGCGACUCUCUACAAGAUCGAGUAUUAUUUGACUGUGAAGGCUCACUUAGCUUCCGCAAGGGAUAUCCAAAUCCGACAACCCAUCGUUGUUUGUCCUCUGGACCAUGCCGGGUGUAAGGAAGAAAUGGAAGCCAUUGAACAGGCAGCACGAGAUGCUGUUCAUAUUAACCCCGAAAACCCCAUGUUACCUCUUCCAUCGGUCGUGCGCCUUCAUGACCCCAAUGCCCUCCGGCAUCUGGGAGUUGCCAUAGUUGGGAAUCAAAAGAAGCCCCUGAUCGACUGAACGAAUGGGAUGACUAUCUGAAUACUUCCACUGCAAGCACCGUACAUUGGAGAAAGGGAGGAGCGCAGAAUAUGGUCUCUCGACGAUCCAUAUACAAAAGUCAAGUUUUGACCCUUGCUAUUGCAAGAUGUGAAAGACACUGGACUGCUACGCACGCGUCGAGAAUAUCUUACCAUCAAGCUUGCAACGAUGCAAGCACCAUUACGUCUUAUGAUUGCAUAGGUCUCGGAGUUUUGAUUUCCAGGAUGCACGUUGUAUUUUCUUCUUCGACGGAAAAUGGUGUUCAGGCUUGUCCUCAUAUGGACUUUCUUUCCUAUUUCUUUCGUCUUCUCUUGAAUUCUCGUUUUGGCCUGUGGUUGAUUUUAUAUGUAUUUAUUUUUUGCUAUUUUCUUGUGCUUUUCCUGCUACAUUUCUCUUUCCUCCUGGGUUGAUAGGAACCACAGUACAUACAUGAUACAAUAACACAGUGAAGUUUGAAUUUCUUGAUAGUCAAUGUCCAAA